AUGGAGCGCCCUCUCAUCGGGCACCUGCCCGGCCUCUUUCCUGAGCCCCGGCUCUGUCCAUGCAGCUGUGGGUGCUUUCUGCACUGGGGGUCCCACCGGGAGGAGCCAACAGUACCCCUGGUAGAGCUGGGAAAUAACUCCUUCCUCACGUUACUGCCAGAAAAUGACCAUAGCAGCUUCACAAACCCCGCAGGAACCUGUCUUCCUAAAGAAAUGGAGCCCAUGAGGUGGCUGAGCCUCAGGUGUGGUCCUUAUGCACAGCACAGCCCAAGCCUGUGGGCACAACUCGCCCUGGGCUGCCUGGCACCUGGACUCUUUCCCAUCCUCGGCCCAGGCCUGUGUGGCCCUGUAGGGCCAAAACCGACACUGUCUUCCUCCUGGGUCCGCUCCCCAGGCCUCCUGCACCCCAGACUGCUUCAUGGCCUCUGCAGGGAGCUUCACAGAGGUGAGACUGGUGCCAUCUGUCUGCUUCAGACCACCCCAGGCUCUGCGUGUCCUCACAGUCCCCUCUGCUCUCCUCUGCGGGGUGGGGAAGCCCUUCGCAUCAGGUCUGCACUAGCCUGGCCACCUUGUUUCUGCUGCCCCCUCCUCUUCAGGCCCCCAGACCAGACUUUAGUUUACUUGCUGCUGCCGGGCAGAACUGGAGGCCUUGUCUUCCACAACCUCCACAACCUCCAGGCAUCAUCUCAGCUGACAGUGACGCCAUCCUGGGGAAGCCCCCCCGAUCCCGGGCUCUCCUGGAAGCCUGUGAUGCUCCUUCACCACAGCCCCUGUCCCUUCGUAGGUCCCAUAAGCCAGUGGUGCAGGGAUCCGGCCUUUCUCUCCUGUGUCUGCCUCCUGCAGAACCAUGAGCAGCUUCAGGGCCCAGGCAGUGCCUUUCCAUCCGUGAAUCUCCUGAUCCAUCAGAAUACUCGAGAGAGAGUGACGCCCAAGAAAUACUGA